ACUUUGACGACUUCCGGUUAAAUUUUACGACCUCUGUUGUUUUGGUUACAGAAGAAGCUGACUGGUAGAACACGAUGGAAAAAGAUAAAGUUUUAGAACAACGCCCUCUCCACGAUCCACCACAGGGUAUGGAACCCUAUGAUAUGAAAACUACUAGUGAUCUCGGGGCCCUCAGUGACGACCAACAAGCGAAACUGAAUAAAUUUAAGAUGAAGACAAGAUUGGAAAAUGAAAAAUACUUGAGGCAACAUCCAGAGGUUGAAUGUUUAGUUGCUGGCUUCCUAGGAGAUAUAUUUCUGAAACGACCAGAUAAUGUACGGGACUUUGCUGCAAAUUAUUUUACGGACAAAGACCUGCCUAACAAAAUAGAAACUAUGCUGGAAGAAAGGCAACAGCAAAUCAGGCAGAAUAGAGUGCUCAGGAAAUUAUAG